AAACCUAAAUUCCAAAGCAAGUCUCUCUCUCUCUCUCUCGCUCCUUUUCCCUUUUCAACCUUUUUCCCUCCUUUGCUUCUUCCCCACAGAAGCAGCACUGUGAGUGAUGUUCAUGCCAAAGUCUGCUUCUUUGAUGUUUCUCUUCAUUUCCUUUUUCCCAACAAAUUGAAGAAGAAGAAGAAGAAGGAGAAGGCGGAUGUUAGAGCAAUGGAUUCAAGUGCAAUCUUCUCCAAAAUCUUCCUCCUCUUUUGCCUCUUGCUCUUUCCAGGUCCAAGUGAUACAAGGAAGAUUAAUAUUUACAGCAACGAAAAGGACAUAACAACUCCUAUAGCAACCAUACCAAUAAUGAUUCCGGCCACAUCGUCGACUCCGGUGUGGAACCCUACUUCAAACCCGGAUUCGGCAACAUCUCCCAUCACAACGGCACCACCAAUGACGGUGGUUCCGACGACGACGACGACACGGGGUGGCGGCGGCAGCUGGUGCGUGGCCAGCCAAAGUGCAUCACAAAGUGCAUUGCAAGCAGGUCUAGACUAUGCGUGCGGGUCUGGCGGUGCCGACUGUGCGGCGGUCCAGCCGGGUGGAGGGUGUUACAAUCCGAACACGAUCCAUGCGCAUGCUUCUUACGCGUUCAAUAGCUACUUCAGGAAGAACCCGGUUCCUAGUAGCUGUAAUUUUGGAGGCGCUGCCGUUACCACCAGCAUUGAUCCAAGUAGUGGGACAUGUCAGUAUCAAUCCACAAGCACAACCUCUUCCAUCUUAAACACCACCAAUUCAAACGGUUCAAAUGUCUUCGGUGCCGUGCCUUACUACCCGUCUCCGCCGAUGGCCACUGCCAUCCGAUUAAAACCACCCGGACAACUGCUUUUCACCGCCGUGGCAUGUCUGGUUUUGCUAGGCAGAUAUUAUAAAUGAAAUAGAUGAAGAGCCUCAUAAUUUUUUACUUCUUUGUUGGUUGCCUUAAGGUUUUAAAUUUUUCAUGGAAACUAUGGUGAACCAAAGUGAACCAUAGAAUGUAGUGAGGAACGAAAGAAUGAUUUUACUUGAUCUAUCUUUGACUUUAGCUUUAGGAUUGGGUUUAUGUAUUUGCCUUCAUUUGUUGUUUUUUUUUCUUGGAAAAAUAGAUA